AAAAAAGCACAGGCAGCUGCGGCGGAUGGAGUCUGCUUGGACUUUUGAAAAUAAAAUCAAAAUGUUCACUGUAAUUUUGGGAGUGUGAAGAACGUUUUUUUGGAGGAAGGAACAUUUCUCUUUGAAACUUGAGGACAUGCGGCGGCGUCCUCGGCGAACUUUCACCAAGGACGAGAAUGAAGUGACUCGCAUUGAGCCCACAUCGAGGAAAGAUGCGGGCGGCGGCCGCCACAACGCUGCUCCUGCUGCUUUGUGUCGUCCGCCUGGACCGCGGCUCCUGCGAUCAUCAGGAGCAGCGGCGCAAUGACGGGAACGUCGGGAAGGAUGUCACUGGCGACGUCGACAAUAACGACGUCGGGAACGUCUGGAACGACACUACGGCGGCGAAGGGCGGCAGGAAGCAGCCGCACAUCAUCUUCAUCCUCAUCGAUGAUCAAGGGUUCAACGACAUCGGUUACCACAACCCCAGCAUCAAGACGCCCACGUUGGACAAGUUGGCGGCCGAGGGCGUCAAGCUGGAAAACUACUACGUCCAGCCCAUUUGCACGCCGUCGCGCAGCCAGCUCCUCACCGGCAGGUACCAGAUCCACACGGGGCUCCAGCACUCCAUCAUCCGGCCCAGCCAGCCCAGCUGCCUCCCACGCCACAUGGACACGCUGCCCCAGAGGCUGCGCCAGGCCGGCUAUGCCACGCACAUGGUGGGCAAGUGGCACCUGGGAUUCUACACGAAGGCGUGCCUGCCCACCAGGAAAGGCUUCGACUCCUUCUUUGGCUCCUUAACAGGAAGCGUGGACUACUACAGUUACGGUUCGUGCGACGGUCCUGGCGUGUGCGGCUACGACCUCCACGCCAACGAGAGCGUGGCCUGGGGUCACGAGGGCAAAUACUCCACCACGCUCUUCACGCAGCGAGCUCGCAAGAUCCUCCAGAGCCACGAUCCUGCUGGCCGACCCAUCUUCCUCCUCCUCUCCCUGCAGGCGGUGCACACACCGCUGCAGCCCCCCAAAUCGUACAUCUACCCAUACCGCGACAUGGCCGACGUGGCGCGGAGGAAGUUCGCCGCCAUGGUUUCCACAGUGGACGAGGCAGUGCGCAACGUCACCUACGCGCUGCGUAAGGCGGGCUUCUACCGCGACAGCGUCAUUGUGUACUCCACCGACAACGGCGCGCAACCCUUCACCGGGGGCAGCAACUGGCCGCUCAGAGGACGAAAGGGUACGUACUGGGAGGGCGGCGUGCGCGGCGUGGCGUUCGUGCACAGCCCGUUGCUGCGGCGCAGGAGGCGCGUGUCCAAAGCGCUCGUCCACAUCACCGACUGGUUCCCCACCCUGCUCGCGCUCGCCGGAGGAAAUGUCAGCCAGAGCCAAGGUCUGGACGGCUUCGACGUUUGGGCGGCCAUCAGUGAAGGCAAAGAGUCUCCUCGCCACGAGAUUCUGCACAACAUCGACCCCCUGCACAAGGCACCCGUGCCCACCCGCAACUGGGACGCACACACAGGAGACUCUCUUUUAAAGAAGCCAAAGAAGAAGAAAAAGAAGAAGAAAAAGAAGCUUCUGAAGCAGCUUCUGAAGCAGCUACCCAAGCAAAAGUCUGUGUUCAAGACAGGGGGUACAAACAAGUUGUACCCCGAGCUCAACGCUCGUCCGAAGGCCGGGCCGGGCCGCCUCCACCCGUCCGUCGCUCGCACGUCUCUCCCUCAAGCGAAAGCAUCCAAGUCCAAAGCCAGAAGGACUGCGUCCCCGGAGCACAACCUGUCCUGGACCCAGACCAAAAUCCAGUUGCGCCUCAAGUCCGAGAGAUCUCUUUUCUCGUCUUCGCUUCAGAAUGCAUCCCGGCCCGACUCGGCCAACAAACUCCUCCACCAGGGGGUCAAGCUGCUCGUGUGGGACACGUCGGUCCAGGCGGCCAUUCGGGUCGGAGACUGGAAACUGCUCACCGGAGACCCCGGCCACGGAGAGUGGGUGCCCCCGCAGAUCCUGCCGACACUUGCGGGCCGCUGGUGGAACUUGGAGCGAGCGUUCCCGUCGCUCCAGAGCCGAAAAGGCGCCGAGGCGCCCAAAAGCGUUUGGCUGUUCAACAUCAGCGCUGACCCGUACGAGCGCUGCGACCUUUCUGGCCAGCGCCCCGACGUGGUGCGUCGCCUUCUGGCCCGCCUCGCCCACUACAACCGCACCGCCGUACCUGUGCACUUCCCGCCCGACGACCCGCGCGCCCAUCCUGACCGGCACGGCGGCGCCUGGGUGCCCUGGAUCGACCAGGACCAAGAAAAAGAUCAGAACCAGGACCAAGGUGAGAUGCAUCACAACAAGGUCCAGCAGAAGAACAAGAAUAAUAAUAAAAAGAAGAACAAAUGUCGACUGUGCAAGCUCAAAGCCUUUUUCCUCAAACUCAACACUGGGAUCAUGUCAAGUCGCAUUUGAGCUGCAAUUAUUACAUUAUUAAUAAUAAUCGGAUCUGCUCCACAAGAGGAUGACAAGUUGAGCCAGUUUUAUUUUUGCUUGUUUGUUUUACAUACACAUUAUUGCCUCUAUGUCUACGAUGUCCUUUUGAUUUUAGCGUUUACAUCUGAUUAUUAAUUUUACUGUCCAUUCAACUUUUUGUUCUGCCCUUCAAAUUUCUACUUUAGUUCCGUAAAAUAUUCAAAAGUUUUUUUUUUGUUUUUUUUGCAAAUGUUGACUGUUCGUGGAAGAUGACAACUUUUCUCUUAAAAAUUAAACUUCUGGAAAACGAUUUUUUUCCCCAAGAAUUUUUUUUCCCCACUUCCAUCAUUAUUUUAGGACUACAUUUUUUUAUUAGUAUGCCACUUUUUUCUUUAAAUAUUGCCCCCCCGUAAAAAAGAUUUUCAUGAAAAAAUAUUACUUUGUGUCUGGGAAGAAAAUCCUAGUUUCUUGCGACCUAUUAGUAUAUUGUAGAAAAAUCUAUAUUUUUUUGAUGUUGUUUCUCUCAGAAAAAACUUUAGCUGAAAACAUUUGUGAGGAAAAAAAAUCUUGAAUAAGUAUUUUUCCCCUGAAAAUUACUCUCAUGAAAAUUGACUUUUUGUAAUUACUUUUUCCUCCUCAAACAUUGCAUUUUUAAAAAUGCAACUGUCCACUUGUUCUGCACUUGAUUCUGAACUACUUUCUUUGGAACGUUUUUGUUACUUUUAUGUUUUAAGAUGUCUGCCUCACAGUUCUGAGGACCGGGGUUCAAUCCCCGGCUCCGCAUGUGUGGAGUUUGCAUGUUCUCCCCGUGGCUGCGUGGGUUUUCUCCGGGCACUCCGGUUUCCUCCCACAUCCCAAAAACAUGCGUGGUAGGUUGAUUGAAGACUCUAAAUUACCCGUAGUUGUGUAUGUGAGUGCGCAUGGCUGUUUGUUUCUAUGUGCCCUACCGAUUGGCUGGCGACCACUUCAGGGUGUAUCUCGCCCGAAGACAGCUGGGGUAGGCUCCAGCACGCCGGCAACCCUAUUGAGGAUAGGCGGUACUGAAAAUGGAUGGAUGGAUAUUUUAAGAUUAGGAGCUGAAUGCUGAUUGAUUAAAAUGGUGAACGCUUAAAUGAGCCUUAACACUUUUUAUAUUGGAUAUAUUACAUUCCCACUAUAAGUAGAAAAGUCCACUGCUGUUUUAUAUAUUUGUAACAUGAACCUCGUGAAUGUGGAGGGUUUUAUUACACUUUAAUGUAAUUAUUUUAAUUCAGUAUUAUGUUCUUUGUGAGCAACAAACGUUAGUGUUUUAUUGCCAUCCACAAACAUAUCAUUUUUAAAUAAGCAUCUUUAUCCACAAAUAUUUGUCUGGAAAUCAUGAAUGCUGCAUCUAAAUAUUGAUAUUUAUAACACAGUCAUCAGAUGAUGUCAAUGUAAAAUCCCUAUUAAAAAAAAUCCCCC